AUGCCUCCUCCAGCUUCGGAAGACGUCGCGCGCCCCCGCGAUAGCGACCAGAUAUCGACGCGCAGCUCUAGUUAUGCCUCUGAUACGGAAUCGGAUGAUGGGCGCGGUCAUCGAACACGGAUGCGCAAGGCGAAGCAGGCUAUUCGUUUGAUUUCCUUCAUCUCGGCCAAUAUUUGCGCUCUCUGUAGCGGUUCCAUCGUCGUAUUUUCGCUGUAUGCGCCGCUCUUGCAGUCGCGACUGCACUACACCCAGUUCCAGGUCAAUGCUGUCGCCAUCGCCGGUUCCCUCGCCCUUUACCUCCCCAUCUCGAUCGUCGGAUACAUAUGCGACCGCGUCGGUCUCGCUCCUUUAGCCCUCACGGGAGGCAUCCUCUUUGGCGGAGGAUACGGCAUCGCUGCAGGCGUGUACAGGAAGCUGGAUCUUCAGUACCACGGCCAUGGUGGGCCUCGGCCGGAUGGGGACUGGUCGCUUCCCCUCAUGAUGUUUGCAUUUGUCUGCAUCGGCAUCGCGACAUGCGCGCUGUACAUGGCUGCUGUAUCGUCUUGCGCAAAAAACUUUGGAAAGGGUCGAUAUAGAGGUUUGGCGCUCGCCACGCCCAUUACUUGCUUUGGGUUGAGUCCCAUGUGGCUGAGUCAAGCGGGGAGUCGUCUGUUCACUGAAACGCGACCAGAUGGCUCCAAGGGAGACUUGGAUGUUUUCCGAUUCUUCCUUUUCCUCGCGGUUCUGUUGUUUGUUAUGGGUAUCAUGGCGACGUUUACGCUGCGGGUGGUGGACGAGGAUGAUCUGAUUGAUGAGGCUAUCGAGGAGCUGGAGCAGAGCGGUCUACUUGACGGGAGCUCGCUGCUAGGCAGGACCAGCAGCUAUGGCGGCGUGAGUGUGCAGGGCGAUGAUCUGGAGAAUUCGUCGCUGCUAGAUCCGACCAAGGACGACAAGAAGUGGAAGAAGAACUGGGUUCUCAACGCUGAGACGCGACAGUUCCUAGCUGACAGGACGAUGUGGCCCUUUGCUUUGGCGUUCCUGUUGAUGGUAGGUCCGGGCGAGGCCUUCAUCAACAAUCUGGGUACCAUCAUUGGUACUCUGACGCCACCAAUGUCGGAAGGGUUUGGACAUCACACGUCGGCAGCCACGCAUGUGUCCAUCUUUGGUGUUACAAACACUCUUUCGAGAAUUUUCAUCGGUACUCUGACGGAUCUAUUGGCACCCUCGCCUCAGACUCAGCAUGUUCAGGUCAGCCACGCUCGGUCGGCUGUCAGUGAUCGCUUCGCCAUCUCUCGCGUUGCAUUCAUGGCAUUCUUCGCCACUCUCCUGUCGCUUGGCCUGCUCGUCCUGGCGUCGGGUUUCGUUCAGAACCACUCUGAACGUUUCUGGCUCGUCUCUGGCAUGGUUGGUGCUGGCUACGGUGCCAUCUUCAGUCUCACGCCCUUGAUCGUCACCAUCAUCUGGGGCGUUGAGAACUUUGCCACCAAUUUUGGCAUCAUCGGCAUGCUGCCUGCCCUUGGCUCGACUUUCUGGGGCCUCGUGUACUCGGCGGUUUACCAGAAUGGUGCCAACCACCCUGGGGAUGAGCCCGGGGAUGGAGAUGACCUCUUUUGCUACGGACAGCGAUGUUAUGCUGGGACGUACUGGGCAGAGACUGUCACAGUCUGGGUUGGUAUUGGACUACUUCUUUGGGCGUGGAAGGGAAGGCAGGGCUGGGUACAGCGCGGUAUUGUGAUUUGA